UCUAUGGAUACAGCCGAAUUUGCCUCCUCUUGCGAAUGCUGCAUUCUGGAACUGCUGCCGAUCACUCAGUCGGGGGGCGGAUCACGAGGCAAAAAUAGAAGGCUCGAGAUGAGUACUGCGGUAUGACUGCCUACAAUAAGCAACACAGAUAUCCUCACACUCUUGGGAGAUACGUCAAAUAUCAUGGAGCACUAGCGGCCAGUCAAUUUUUGCUGUCUAUGGCUUGUCGUUAUCUCUUCGCCUCAGCCUCAUUGGCUGUGUUAUCUCCAAAUCUCGAGGGGAGGGGGGCCAGGAAGCUGGACAGGGCGCUUCGUUAUCUCUGGCGCAAAUUGCAGAAUUGGCCUGAGCCCAAGUGCUGAUACUGAACUCUGUUUGCUCUGCCUGCUUUGGACGCCCUGUCUUUGUCCCACGCAGGCAAAAGUCAAUUAGCUCGCUCCAUGCACUC